UUGCUGCUGUAGUUACCAGCAGAUCUGAAACCUAACUUGAACCGACCCGAUUUAAUCCGCAAAGUCAUUUUUGCUUUGGUCGACAAGGUUUCGACUGAUCACUUCAUCUCUCGUCGUCCUCUCAAGCGCUCAUCCGCUUGCGCGACAGCAGCCACGGCGCGCUGCACAGGACGGACAUUAGAAUAAGUGAAUGUUGAGGUGCAGUGUGGGAGGACUGUGGUGGUGACAAGCUGUUCACUGGAAGAGAAGCGAGUAAAAUCGUGCCGAGAAACUGAAGCGCCACGCCAGCUAAGACAUCUCGAUUUGUUUACCCUGUACCGGGCCCAGAGGAGCACAGCUGCGCCGUCUUUACGCACAACCCAAAAGAGCUUUCUGUGAGACGUCUGUCUGUCAUCACCAUGUCCGCGGCAACAGCAUCAAUAGCAGAUGUAUCCAGGACUGAUCUUACAAACAAAGAUGACGGGAAUAACUCAGGUAAUUCCAAAGCCCAGUGCACACCCGUGCCCCUGCCAGCACUGGGCACCCAAAAGAUCAUCCAGGGGAAUGGCACUAACGUGGGUACAGUCAUUUCCCUUCAGUGCCCAGCAAAACACAGACUGGUAGGCAGUGAGAUGAAGUGUGUCAUGGGUGCCAACAGCACCUACUGGGCGGGAGAGACCUACUGUAAACCUCUGUCUUCCUUUGAGGACUUUGGUUUCCGUGUGGCCGUGCUGGCAUCCAUUGUGAGUUCAGGCAUAAUCAUCUUCAUGUCUGUGGCCUUCAUCACCUGCUGUUUGCUUGACUGCAUCAAAGAGGAAGAAAGGAAAAAGGAGGAGAAUGAGUCAGAUCCAUGGCAAUGGGAGGAGCAGGAGAACAACAUGUCUCAUUACAGUCAUAAAGGCCGGAACAACAACAACACAACACCCAGGAGAAUGUGCUUUCUCCGUGGGACACCGGUACCCCGGCCCCAUGUGACAGCAUACGAUCUUGCAGAUGUCAGCAGCGCUAUGCCUAUGGUCCUGUCUGCACAAACUAUGGCCCCACACCUCCCCCUGCUGCUCUUCCCGGACAGGACUAUAACCAGCCUCUUACCCCAACCACCUCAGUAUCCUGGACCCCCCCCUGUCCUCCUGUCAAGCUACAAGCCCAGCCCUGGUCCAGAUCUCAGCAGCCGGAUCUGGUUUGGUGUGGCAGUAUGAAGGACAGCAGAGCAGCUUAUCAGGACCAAACCCAUCAACCACGGAUGAGUCCCUAACUAGGAAUUUAAACUCAAACAGGAAUAUAUACCCCAAAGAACUUUCCAUAAGGAUUAUAUCAGUGUUGAGGACAGCGCACAAAAAUCACCAGCCAAGACUUUGUUUCAUAUCUAAAUCUGUACAGCACUAUGAGCUGUAUAGAUGAGGAUUGCGGGAUGUAACAACUAUCCUGGCAUGUUUUGGUGAAAUCAUUAAAUCAGCACUGCUAAGAUGGUUCUUAAAGCUGAAAUGAACCUGACAGACUUAUGUGCCUUUGUUUUGUUUUUUAUUUUGCAAACUGUAAUGGCACACUGCCCCCUGUCUGUAAAGAAGAGCCGGUGCACUUUCAGGACACCAGGCUUGACGAGGGUGGACACGACCUGUUCCUUGGGAGGUCAAGAGAUUUUGUGUUUAAAAGGAAGUUCUGCUGCUUGAGGUCAACACUUAAGGUGUUUAUUGUGAUAUAAUUAACUUUGCUGGCAGCUGAGGAGAGCGAGGACAUGCAAGAGCAGUUGUAAAACACUGGCUUAUGUGUAAAUAUAAAUUUUGAGAAAUGUAAAUAAAUGAAA